AUGUUCUUCAAAACUUCUAUUAUCGCUGCUGUUGCGGCUCUUCUUGGCGCUGCCGUCGCCAUUCCCUCUGCUCCUUUCGGAAGCGAAAACGCCGUCUCUGCCGUUGAGAAGCGCAGCCUCAACUGCAACAACCCCGUCUGGGGUCUCUCGCGCGAGGACUGCCAGCACAUGUCCAACAUUGGCUUCGGCUCCAUGGGCAAGAACGAGAACCACGACAACGGCGCCAUCUGGGUCGGCAACAACGGCAAGACGACGGCGACGUACAGGAACAGCGCGACCGAGGGCGGAGCCGCCUCCAUCAUCGUCGUCGUCUGGCUCCAGACCGACUACGUCUCGAGCUUCGUCAACGUCCGCCAGCCGUACAUCACCUGGUCGCUGCCCAACCCCGGCGACACCGUCACCAUCUCGUUUGCGCAGAACAUUGCCGGCGCCUUUGCCGCGCUGAACCACCGCAUCACCAUCCUCAAGGACGGCCAGGUCUUCAACACCUGGGGCGAGUUCUCCACCGGCCCCUACGCCACCGUCGACGUCUCCCGCGAGCCCAACAUGGGCGGCAACCGCAUGGAGAUUCAGACCUCGGGCGGCUGCCACGCCAACAUGGACAAGUGCGUCUUCAAGUGCCACAACGGCAACCGCUGCGGUGCCUCGGGCGAGUACUACCUCCAGAACUGCGAAGCUGGUUCCCAGCCCGGAAACCCCCACAUUGGAUACUACGACAACAACCCUUCCGGAGGCUGCGGUGGCUUUGAGAACGGUGGCCACCUGGACGUUCAAUUCCACAACUAG